AUGCCCAGAGGUGGCUCGGGCUGGGACGUGCGCCCCGGGAGCCCCGCCUCAAACCCGGGCCUCGGGAGGGGAACCCCGGGGCCGGGAGCGCAGCCCCUGAGGCGUCAGGGCGGGGGUGUCCUCUCCGGGGUCCGGCACGCCCCCCGCAGGCGCCCCGCGCCCCCCGCGCCCCGGCCGGGGCGGAGGGAAAGUUGGCAGGCGCCGGGCGCCCGCGGGGGGCAGCGUUCAUGGGCGGCCGGGCGGGAGCCGCGCGCGCCCGCCCACGUCACGCCGGUGCGGGCUCGGCGGACGGCCGCGGCGCCCGGGGACGCCGGCGCGCUCCGCUCGCCAGGUGCUGGCUGGCGAUGGCGCGGGUGGCGGGCGCGGGCUCGGCGCCGGGGCGCGGGCGGCCUGCGGGGGCCCGGCGCCACCGCGGGUAGGCGAGGUCCCCGCGCCCGCGCCCGCGCCGCCCCGGGGCUCCGAGACCCCUCCCCCCGCCAGGAGGCGGAGGCUCGGCCGGCGGCGGCGGCGGCGGCGGCGGCGGCGACUCCCCGGCGCGUCCCGGGCUGCGCGCGGCUCCCGCCCCGUGCGGCCCCGCAGCCCAGGCGCGCGCCGGCUCUGCGCCGAGCAGGUAGGGGACCGGCUCCGCCGCGCCAACUUCGCGGCGGUCGCUCCGGCGCCGGAGGGACCAAAGUUUGCCGCUCGCCCCCGGGGUCUCCGGAGGCCCCCGCGGCCGAGCGCCGCAAGUUCUGGAACGCGGGAUCGGGGCGAUCGUCUGUCGGGAGCGGGCGUCGGGGCGCGGGGCACCGGCUGGGGGGGGGGGGAGACGGCCCGAGCUCUGGAGCCCCGGCCGCGCUCAUCCGGGCCCCCGGCAGCCCCGCGCCCGCCGGCGGUGGGGAGGGAGCGGGAGAGCCGCGGGAACGGGCCGGGCGGAGGGCGGGCGAGCCGGGGCGCCCGCCCGACGCCCGCGUCACCGGGCCGCCCCUCCCUGACCCCCGCUGGGCUGGACGCCCGGGGCCGGAGUCCAGCGAGGGGUCAGCCCGGCCCCAGCGCGGGCGGCCCGCCCCGAACCCGGACAGAACGGGGCCGGUCCGUGGGCCCCGCGCCGCGCCGGACAGGCGUCGGGAUCACCGCCCGUUCGUGUCGGAGGCCCCGGGGCAGCGGGCAGCGCGCGAGCAAAGUUAUCGGGCGGCGGAGGCCUGGGGCUGCGAGAGCGCCGUCUGCGCGCGGAGGGCGGCCAGGCCCUGGGCUCGAGGACUGGGCUUCGGGGAAGGGCGCUUCGGGCUCCUGGGGCUGCUCGGGGAGCCGCGGGGCCGGGCGGCCCAGAGCCGACAGGCCGGCCUCGGCGCCCAGCGCCUCCCCGCAGGACGCCGUCCCGCGUGGGUGCUGACCGGUGUCCGGCCGGCCCGAGGGCGCUGGGUGCACGGUCCCUGCCAGGCCCCGGGCGAGGCCUACCCGGCCAGGUCCCUCCCAGCCGCGGCCCGCAGCCCGGGGGGAGCGGGGAGCCUUCCCUACUGGGGAGUAGAUCUUACAGUGAGCCAGAUUUCUAGGCCAAGGGGAACAGAGUCGCUCCGGCUGUGA